AUGGCACCAGGAUCUCGCCGUGCGGCGUCCUACAUCAAGAUGGAGAGCUCGGGCGGGCGAUCUGGUGCAUCCGUAGUCACUGAACAUACCCAAGCUACGAACGUCAUGGAUGCGAACCGUUCUUUCUACCAUCGGGAUCAGAGGCGCUCGGAUGCUCCUCCUCCCAGUGAGCAAACUGCCUCAGCCGAACCGCUUCUUAGAGAGAUGAGGGUCCGGCCAAAUCCAGUUACUGUGCUUAGCCCCAUCACCAAUGAUGAGAGCUUUAGCUUUCACACAUCGUUUCAGGAUAUCGGCAAGCGACUCAAAGCCUGCAACGACACUCUUGGUGAACUUCAAGGGCUCGGCGUUUCACACGAUGUUCCACUUCCUGAGCUGGUUCUUGUUGGUGACCAAAGCGCAGGCAAGUCCAGUGUCAUGUCUGGCCUUGCCAACCUGGAUCUCCCCAGAAGCGAGGGCACCUGCACUAGAUGCCCACUGCACAUUCGUGUUUCCAGGAACAGCGACUGGUCUUGUCGUGUCUCCCUCUCAAAGGAAUAUGAGUUUGCGCCUCCUAAUGACCGUGAAAUUACCGAGGACGACGUGACAGAAGAAGACCCGUUCUUCCCUUGGCAGAAGCUACCAACCACACACGUCCAAGAGUUCAAAACUGUUCACGACAAGAACGAUAUUGAAGAUGUUCUCCGAUGGGCACAAGUUGCCAUCCUAAAUGAUGACAAGCCGCCCCAGACAUACGUCCCCGGGUCCGGUGCGAUAGCCAUGAGUACGCCGAUUCAGUUAGCCGCGGAAGAGACAUCCGCCAAGUUUUCACCGAAUGUCGUCUCACUCGAGAUCAAGGGCCCUGAGCUCCCUAAUCUCUCCUUUUACGACAUGCCCGGAAUUUUCCAAAAUCCAGCAGACGCCAAGGAUGACUACCUCGUGAACGUCGUUCGCAAUUUGUCUAGCACUUACAUUGAGAAGCCUUCCGCCAUCAUUAUGUGCUCCAUGCCGAUGAAUUCGGACGCGGAGAAUUCAUUUACCUUUGGCCUUACGCGGAAGCUCGGAGCUACGCAUCGCUCCAUCGGCGUGCUGACGAAGGCUGAUCUAUUACCUCAAGAAGGUAAUCAUGAUCAGUGGUUGUCGAUAAUGCAGGGCCAAGCACAUCGUACCGGUCUUGGCUACUUCAUUACAUCUCGCCCGCAGGGCAAGGACCUGGAGGAACUGACCAGGUGGGAAGAAGCCUUGUUUGAGAAUCACACCGUGGAACAAUGGCCCUCUUCGUUUCAUCCAUUUUCCAAGCGGUGUGGAGUUGAAAACCUGAAAGAAUUUCUUUCAAACAAAUUGGGCGAGGAGUUCAUCAAAAGUCUACCACAGAUCGACCACAAAGUCAGGAUCAACUUGGAAAAAACCAAUCGUCAACUGGCGAGGCUCCCAGAGCUUCCUGACAAUGUAGAGCUCGAGGUUCAGCGGAGCCUUCUCAAGUUCACUGAGACCGCCCGCAUGCGCAUAGACGAGUUCACAAAACACUUUAACACAUUGCCCAGCAGUUUUCGACAGUGCCUGCUGGAAAUCAAGCCGAAGUUCAUUCUAAAGGACCGGACCGAUAUCCCGGUUUUAGAAAUCUCUGAUGGCUCAUCUGAUGGUGAAGAUGCGCCUACGGUGAACACACCAUCCCGGUCAGGAAAACGGCCUCAUAUGGGCCCCCCUACCACGCCGGCAGCUAAGCGACACCGAGGAGCAACUCCCCUUACGAAUGGCAAUAUCAAUCAUGUUCUGCCAACGAAGACGGAGGAUAGCGGGCGUGAUACCCCCACACCUACGAGGCCGAAGCAGCCAGCAAUUCCUCCCCCUUUUAGUCAAUUCAUCACUAUUGGCCGUGGAUUCCGCACCCUAAGACAGGUGAGCGAGGAGAUUGAGAGCAAGACCAAAGCAGGAAUGCCCGAUAUUCUCCCUGGUGAAAUCUAUGAAGAUUUGGCACUGGAGGCUAUCAAACCUUGGGAUGGCCCGAUGAGGGUCUUUCUGGAGGAGACGAUGCGCCAGAUACACGGGGAGCUCGCCAAAGUCCUGGCCGAGACUUUUGAUGGCCUCAAGAAGAGAAUCGUGUACAAGGAGGCCCAUAAGCACUUGGACGAGUUUUUGAAACUACAGAGCCUCGAAACGCGACAGGCCACAGAGCUCAUCUACUUGGAUGAGACUCAAAGGCUCCUUACAUUCAAUAACGAGGCUUUGGCAAAGUAUCGCGACGACGAACAUAUCCUUCUUACGCGCUUUAGACACAAGAUGCGCCUUGAAUGGAAAGGCUAUGGCGCAACCAAGCCUCUGGAUGAAUGGGAGGCCAUGUCGGAGGCCAAGAGACGAGAGGACGCGAAGCGUCGUGAAGAUGACCUCCAAAGAAUCGGCCCUGACGUUUUUGAGCGUGAGGUCAAGGUUAUUGCAUACAUUAGGGGUUAUUAUAAACUUGCAGCUUUGCGCUUCGCAGAUUCAGUGUCUCAACGCAUCAUUUGCCGCAUGAUUCCGGAAAUCAAAGAGAAGUUGUCCUUCCACUUGAACCAGCGGCUCGGCGUUCUUCCAGGUGCAGGAAGAGAAGUAUAUGAGCGACUGAUGGAAGAGCAUCCGGACGUCGCGUCAAAGCGAGAGAUGCUGAAGAGGGAGAAGGACAAGUUCUUGAAAGCCCUUGCCAGUAUCCAUUCGCUCAACACGGGUGGGGAUGAUGAAAUAUUCGAUUCCCCUGUCACUGUCGAAGAGUUGGGUUUGGAGGAAGAUAUCGCAAUGACCGAAGUUGGAGUGUAG